UCCAGGCAUUUACAAGCGCUCGCAACCCGACCGGCCAUUACUUUGACAAACACAAAAUUUUCGAACGUCACUAUUUUUUUGAAAUACAAAUUUUUUUUCGUAAACCCACAACAAAUUCGAGCAUUAGUCAAAUUUAGAAUUUUUUUUUGAAAAAUCAUGAGUUGCGGUUGUCAAGGACCAGAUCCCAACGUACCCUAUUCGUCAUACGAGAUAUCCCCACCCGAAGGAGGAAGACUCUAUAAUCGGCAGCCUCUAGAUCCUUACGGCGGUGGCGCACGAAGACAGUUGGUGUAUGACGAUGAUGAGGUUUCCGCACCAAAUUCACUGGGACGUCCUAGGGAUCCUACUGGAUCCUUAUACUCCAGAAGAGAGCGUAGCAGAUUAGGACCUAUACGAGGAGUAGGAAAUCGUCCUGAUCUAGCGGAAUUGACAGGAGUGGCGAUUGCGCGUCGUCGACUGAGCUUCGACAAUAUCUCGGACAUGGAAGACGACGACGUUGAGGAACCUGUUCAAGUCGAUAGAAGACGCAGAGCUAAUCUUCCUUCGCAGCCAGCACCCCAAUGUCUUGCUGGACAACCUGAUAUGGCGAUGAUAAGACAAAGGCAACGAAAAGCAAGAAACACCAGUGAAGGCGCACCUAGGAUGUCCUACGUCACAAAGGGAGGUGGAAGAGUAAUGAGGAUGUGAUGAAAAAAUAUUUUGGAAAUAUCGAGGGCAAAAAUUUUGGAAAAAUUUUUCAAUAAGACAUAUGAAACUAUGCUCGGACUACUUGGAAUUCUUUAGUUAUUAAACCAACUCCUUGCUGAGACUACAGUGUCGACUGCCGAUCCACUUGUUGUAACUAAGAGAAGAUGAAGCAGGUUGCGCAACCACAAGAUACAUGGAGUGAUCCUGGGCAUAUAUCUGGGCCGCGUCAAAAAAUUUAUUCCGUAAGGUCCAUCACUCGUGAGGCUCGUGCUUCCUGAGAGGCAGUUCAAUGGCAACGUAAGAUCGCUCGUGUUUGAGGAUGUUUAAUGCAUGGCCUGGCAGCCUGAUCGUAGGUAGGUGAAUGGUUCCCGCUGUUUGUACGGCUGUAGUCGCUGAACGAACCACGAAGCACCGGGCUCAGACUUGGGAACCCUGAAGAGAUCUUAGAAGUACUCCGCAAACACUUUGAACGACUGUUUCUCAAUCGGUGCCCCACGCGCGUCCAUGAAUACACUCUCGAGCGAUCAGCAGCAGCAGCAGCAGCAGCAGCAGCAGUAGCAAAGAGCAACAGGAGUUUAGUUUGACGAUCUUGCAUCCCCUCCGACUGGACCAAAAAUUCACUUGGUAUAAAAUUUGAAACAUCUUUCGAUACUUUCAGCACUCCCAAUCGAAACAGCGUUAACGCGUACACAAGAUAUGAGCAUGGUUAGAACAAACCGACAGAGCAUAAUAAACCGGCGCAAAUUUACGUAAUGAAGAGAUCGGCCCGGGUGGUCCUGAGAGAUGCUUCGGAUCUCACGUCCAGACAUCCUCGGGAGCGAGGAUGAUCCUCGUACUCUCCUCGAGGCGAGGUCUCCAGGUGAUGGCACGUAAAGUAAGAAGUAACGCACAUUAUGCAUACGAGAAACAUCACAUGAGUUACCACCCACAAUCAAGUCCCAACUGUUUCUCUUUAUCUUUCCCAUCCUCCCUGGUCCAUCCUCGACCCACCAGACUACAGACUCCAGACGAGCUCAUGUCAAAAUAUUUGAGAUGGGUUCACCUCGACCCGUGCUCUUUGAGCCAUGGACCCGAUCACCUUUGCGUCCGAGUGGCUGUGUCGCAAUUCUAUCAUUUCGCACUCGCAUAGUUCGCGCGAAGUGAAACCAUAGAAAAUCCUCCUCCACCCCGUAAAAAACCUAAAAUAAACAAUGUAAAAGAUAGUCUCCCACCAUGGCGAACGGUUAGAAUUUCCAAUGGGGGUUUCAAGCGUGGCUAAUUAAUUCAAUGGCGAACAUCGAAAAACUCUCUCGACUUCAAGACUCGCGAAGAACCGAUCUUGACCCAAGUCCCACCUUCCGAUUCUCCUCGUUGCCGGUGUCUCCUUACGCCCCAUAGGAUGUAUGGCCAUUGUCUUGCAAUACGAGACAGGGAACACGCGAAAACCUAUGUUCGACGUCUCGGCGAAUAAAGACGUCGCAUGGUGAGGCGCCAAACACCCACGUGCAGCGACCCUGGGGGAGAGCAGUCCACCGUAUUAUUCCUCGCCAGCAAGUAUCCUUCGACCAAGACGAGAAUUGAUCAUGGAACUUGAGGAAUUCACCGGUAACAUAUCUUUCGGCCGGAGUACCAGCCAUUUAUUUUACGUCCAAAGGAAAAAAAAAAAGAAAGAAAAAAAUCCAUCGCCACAUUAUAUCCCCGUUACGUCGAAUCAUGCAUUAGUCUUCCCCCCCACUUCACGAAUUAACGUAUCAAUUAACACGACAUUCCAUGCAAAAUUACUUAAUCAAAGCCCGUGAGGCUAACGAGAUGCUAUCAUCAAGAUUAUCAUUGGUUAGCCAUAGUACACGUUACACGAGGUGCAAGUUUAAUGUACCCAGAGACAUCCUUAUCUCCGUCGCUAUCAACAAGAUUCGUCUGACACACAGACGCGCACAGAAUAUAUGACCAGCGUCCAGUAAGCGUCCCAUAGGAAACGACUGUACGUCAACCGGCAAGAUUACUCCCAGCAUCCCAAUACGAUUUCCUGACUUUUCCCAUUAGCACAGUACCGAGCUACCAAAAUGAGCAGAUCUACCGAAAUCCCAGCAGACCUCUUUGAACCCGAUCCCACAUUAUUAUCACCAUUGAUUUGUCCAUUUGUCGAGAAUUUCACGCGACAACCAUCAAGCGACGUUCCCAACGACGACAAUUCAAUCGGCCCCAGUCCCGGUUCUCGACGCUGACCAAGACGCCAAGGAGGAGCAAGAUGAUCGAGUACUCCUCGGCCCAAGGGAUUCUCCUCGAACAUGCAAAGUCGAACGGCGCAUAAAAAAGCCCAGCACGCCAAGAGGUUCGUGCUAACGAACGAGACACGGUUGUCACAACACGUCACGAUUAACAUACCUUCCGCGUCUCAGCUUAGGAAACAAGACGAGCAAUCAAUCCAUACGAGUUCCGUCGAUUAAGAGUCAAAUCACGCGAAUGGGCAGCCCCAGCCGAAAGCUUCGACCUGGUACCCGUUGAUUCGAUACGUCAUAAAUAGGACGUAAUCACGUUAGAAAUUGAUUACGCAAUAACGUGCAAUUUAAUUCGACCGCGAUUAACUUCCCUCGAAACACUCCGUGUCCCUUCUGUAGGUUUCACCGCCAGCAAUGAGGAUUCGGUAGCGCCGAGUUACGAGUCUCCUGGCAAUUAUAAUGCAUCUGAUAAGUGGCGCCAGUCCUCCCUACGCGUUAGAGCCACGUAGCCUGUACGUAGCGAUGCACCACUGCGAGCUCCGGAGCAAUCCGAUACGGUCAAAGAGCGCAUUACGCCAUUGUGAUUGAUGAAACAGCCAGACAGAAAGAGUGCAUGGCUAACAGGAAGAGUUUCGUGUUACACGUACUUCAUUUCUUCCCCGUGAUUGGAUUGGUUGGCACGUGGGCGUUUUCGGCAGCUUACGUGAACUCUUGACCCUCGGUAUGGUCGCCUCUCUUUGGUAAUAUUAAAAAUGCAUCUUUAAGGCCGUCCCGGUAACGAUAAAUGGAGAACGAUGACCUCGGUGACAGUCGCGAGACCUUUCGAAAUUGAUACGACCUAGGCAAUAACAUUCACUGAACCUUGCAGCUAUUAGUAGCGAUUAGCACUGCCAUUACAGUAUUACCAUCUAAUACUGAUGCUACUAGCUUCGGUAUUGCCUCCUACUGCUUCUAUGCGCUCUGAGAGCCCCGAGGUACCUUUGCCGUGGGUUUACGUAUAGGCGCACGAGAGUUCAAGGAUAUCUAGUAUAUUAAGUGGCGCCUAGUUUCACCUCCGACCCCGUUACUUACCUUUCGGCGAGUUAACCGAACCAAUCCUAUCAAGGAUGCAGUUAAUCACGACGUACGUGGCUCUGCCGUUACUCACAGAGCCAUCGGGGACUCAAAGAGAUCAACAAGUAAUUAAGGAGAUGCCUUUCGCACAUUCGUACCUACCGGCCGUUAAGGGCUCAGUUUGACUCAAGGCCAUUUUAUAUGGGAAUAAUACGAAUUCACGUGCAAAGUCCGUGAAUCCUUGGCGAAUUUCUUACUGCGUGGACAAAAAAGAUGUCCUUAUAUUUCUGGCAGGAUUGCCAAGGCCAGAGAAUUAUUUCUACAGAAAUAAAUUGUAAGUAGGUUCUUCUUGCUUGAAAAGUGGAUCGACGUAAGAAAAUGUUCUAUAAUAAUUUUCUAUGAUGCGAUAAAAUCGUAAGAAAAAAAAUUCAGCAUAUAGCAUAUUCUGCAUAUAGAGUAUAGCUAUGGAAUUGAAGUGUAUUCCCGUGGGAGCUAACUGGCACGCAAUACCUCCCGGUAGGGAAUGAAGAUCGUAAGCGGGCAAGAGGGAGCGCAUCGUUACGACUGAAACGCAAAGACGAGACGACAAUGACGGCGCAGUAAAAGUCACCGUAUUUACGUACAGCCUCCGCCGUCGUGUCUUCCCGGCUGUUGCGUUCAAACGGGACCCGUAAAGGGUCUUUCGCGUGCAGAAGGAUUUCCGUGAGUUUCCUAUAUGAUUUCGAUUUUCUUGACUUCGUUAUACGAGCACUCAAUAAUCCUCGUACGUUCGCGUAAAGAUAAAAAGAAAAAGCCAAAGAAAUUUACUACAGUCUGUACCCCUUAGAGGGCAAAGUCCUUUGAGUAUGGGAAAAUAUUUUCGGUCAUACCGCGUACGAGAUCGAGGAGGGUGAAAGAAACGUGAAGUGGGAAUGACUGAGAGUGAGAGAGAGAGAGAGAGAGAGAAGUAACAGGAUCAAAGGAGUGAGUGAGAAGGAAAGGAGAGAAAAUAGAAAGAGACACGCCGACCCAGACCGAAAAUAUCUAAGAGAGAGCUCGCGAACGAUGCUCAGCGUUCGGUAAAUCAUCGGACGUUUAUUGCAGUUAAUUAGCCGGCUGGCCAGUCCGCGGGCCUGUUUUGCAUGCGAGUCGAAGGGAGGUUGCGUGAGAGACGAAGUGUGCGUGCCGUGCGAGUGGGAACGCGUGUGCGUGGCGCCGUGCAAAGGUUAACACGCUCCUCCGUCUCCCGAGCAAGGAGGAGCGUCGACGCCGCGACGCAGGCGUCCCGGCGCGUACAAGCUCAGAACCUGAACCCCGGGGAUCCUCUUCGACUGUCAUCGACUCGUUCCGUAAGUUCGCGGCUUUCCCGAUACUUUUCAUUAACGGCUUAGACGUCGAAUGACGAAUUUCAAUGAAACGCCCUGUACAUGCAAUAGCCUUCACUUUGACUUAUUAUACGUAUAUUCCAAUAG